GACGGGCCUCUCAAUCGCCCAAAUGCCUCCUCCGCUCCAUUAUCCCCGAUCAUGACUAUGACUCUUCUCGCUGUCGGAUUCGAAGAUGGAAAUCGAGGUUUCGUACAACCUCGAGAGUGAACAGCAAUUCUGGGCUGAACUCGACGAUAUUGUUUCGAAACACUGCAAUGAGCCCGAGUUAAUCGAUGAUGCUUUGCGGUCAUACCUCCACUUCACCACCCACUUCAAAGACGAUUAUCUUCAAUCCGACCAAGACAUCGCGCAAUGUAUCUUCAAAUUCCUGAACUCGUCCUUGUUCCAGCCGCACAAGGACUACGUUCGACGACAGCUCGUCUACAGCCUUCUCCAGGAAGAUGACGCUCCUUCAUUGCACGUCAUCGCGGCGAUCCUCCUCUACGACGGGCGAAUGCACGACGAGACGUUCAUGAUGUUCCAACAGGAGGGCGGGUUUCCUCGGGUGGUGGAGCUUAUUCAUGCGCCCGUCGCGCAAAAUAAUGUGGCGCUGCACCGGAUGCUCCUGGAGUUGAUGUAUGAAAUGUCGAGGAUACAGAGACUUGAUUGGGAAGACUUAAUAGCGGUUGGCGACAGCUUUAUAAAGUAUCUUUUCGAUAUCGUAGAGGGGCUAUGGUAUGAUGCCAGUGAUCCCUAUCAUUACUCCGUCAUCCGAGUUCUGCUGGUUCUCAAUGAACAAUAUCUUGUCAACAGCACCUCCGCGACCGUCCCAGGACCGGCCCCCCUCACCAACCGCAUCAUUAAAUUCAUCAGCACCUACCCACAGCAUAAAACCUUCGGCGAAAACCUAAUCCUCCUCCUCAACCGCGAGUCCGAGACCUCCCUCCAGCUCCUCAUCCUCAAACUCCUCUACCUCAUCUUCUCCUCCCUCUCCACCGCCGAGUAUUUCUACACCAACGACUUGCACGUCCUCCUCGACGUUACUGUCCGCAAUCUCCUCGACCUCCCCAUCGACGACAACGCCGCCCAAGCUCUCCGCCACACCUACCUGCGCGUCCUUCAUCCCAUGCUCGCGAACAGCCAACUCCACCGACCAGGGAUGCACUACAAGCGCGAGGAAAUCCGGAAGAUGUUGCGGAUACUUGUCGGCGGGUUGCCGCCGGAUGUGGAUGACGUGGACAGCCCGACCGACUCGCCCGUUCAGGACCUCGGCGCCGGCAUGAACGGCGCGGGGCCCCUUUAUGGGUUCCAUUUCGCGCCGGUGGACCCGACGACGCGGCGGCUGGUGAAGCGGUGCGCGACCGUUCCGUGGCUGCGCGAUGCGGACGAACCGUUGCGAUCGGAGACGCCGGUGCAGGAGGCGCAGAAAGACCUGGCCCGGCGGAUGUUGGGGAUGAGCGUUAUGGAUGGGGGGAGCAGUGUGAGCAUGAUGGAAGUAGCGAAGCAUACGGAGAAGCCGGGCGUGAUGACGCCGAGUAAAGUGAAACAUGAGGAGGAUAUACAGGUUGCGUGAGCGUUGUCCAGCGUUUGUUUGGCGGAGUCGCUUUUCCUGGUGCGUUGGGUAGCCCACCGGAGCACAGCGAGGCGUUGACGGUGGGGACGGUUCGGCUUUCAUUGCUUCCAGUUCAGUUUGGCCUUUUGACCGGAUUAUCAUUCUACCAAGAUGUUUACAGGUGGUUCUGGAAUACAUGUACACACGCAGGACUUACUACUACAGCUCUCUAUGCUAGUAGGGUCUAUAGGAUUCACAUUUCUUCCUAGAGUCCGCGAAUUAAUCCAAAUAUCAUUUAGAGACUAGCAUGCGCUAUAUUUCAUGCAGUACGGGACCAGAUGGCCUCCGGACUCUCGCAAUGUACCCCUAAUCCAAUAAGUAUACCGGGUAUUCUGCACGUAUAUAAAAUCGCCAACACAAAAAACA